AUGUCGUCCAACAACACCUCGGCCAGUGUCUCCAUCGAUAAGUUCGAUGGGGACAACUACUCAACCUGGUGUCGCUACAUGCGCGGCGUGUUUCUGACGAAGUCAGUCUGGUACGUCGUGAACCGCGAAACGUCUCCAACCUUCACCGACACGCGAGCUUCCGAAGAGUACGUCAAGGCGAGCAACAUCGCGUUCGGGUUGAUGUUGCUCCACAUGGACGCCGACUACCACCAUGUGGUCGACAACUGUGAAGACGCAUGGACAGCGUGGUCGCGGUUGAAGAUGCUCUAUGGUGGGUCGCAGAAGGCGGGACGCAUCUACCUCAAGCGCCAGCUGUUCAGCAUCAAGAUGGCGGAAGGUGCCAACGUCUUGCACCAUUGCAACGAAGUCUUGAACAUCGGCGCCAAGCUCAGCAGCAUCGGUGCCAAGAUGGAAGACGAAGACAUUGCGAUCUGCUUGCUGCUCAGUCUCCCGAAGAGUUUCGAGAACGUGGUUCUGAACUUGGAGAUGAGCAAUGCAGAGCUGCGCACGCAAGAUGUGGUCAAGGUGCUGACUAACGAGCACAUCAAGCGACAAGGCGAGAAGAUGACAACGGCAACGACAAUGGUGAAGACUGAAGAUGCGACAAAGGCAUUCAGUACCGAGCGCAAGCCCUACCAAUGCACAUACUGCGGCAAGGUGGGGCACACGGCAGAGCGUUGCUGGACGAAGCAAAAGGAUGAAAGUCGAGGAGCCCAACGCGGCGGCAAUGGUCGUGGACGCGGGGCAAACAAUGUCCAGUGGCGACAUUAUGAUGAAGGCAACAGCUACGAUCGAGUGGCGUUUGCAGUUUCGUUCGAAUGCGGAGUUUCGACGAACAAGAAUGGACCAGGAAUGUGGGCCGUUGACAGCGGGGCAACACAUCACAUCUGCCACGACAAGUUCAAGUUUGCAAGCUUGGUCGAAGGCAAUGAUGGCGAGAUCCUGGUGGCUGAUGGCAACAAGGCGGCCAUCAAAGGUGUGGGGACCAUCGUGGAAAAGGUGAUUCUGCCAAACGGGGAAGAGCGCGAGAUCGAGAUCAAGAACGCGCUCUAUGUGCCCAGCAUGAGCAAAAAUCUGCUCUCGGUGCCGCAGAUUAACAAGCACGGCAACUUCCAAGUGGUGUUUGACGGGGAUACGAUGUACGUCGCUCGCAAGGAUUCCAAUCAAGUGGUGGCAGCUGCGGAUCUUGUAGACGGACUCUACUGGCUUCGCACGACGCAGCGAUCGGCCAAUGCGACAUCACUCAACAACGCUGUUGAUCUACAUGCGCGAAUGGGCCAUGCUCCAGUCGACGUACUUCGCAAGAUGGUGACAAGCCACAUGAUCAAGGACGCUCACAUCCCUUCCAAGCCGAAUGGAUCAAGUGUGUGUCGAGGAUGCCAAGAAGGGAAGAUGGUCCAAAAACCAUUCCCGAGCAACCGUGACAAGCGCACCUACAACACCUUCGAGAUGCUCCACUUCGACAUCUGCGGACCCAUGGAAGAAAAAUCUCUGGGUGGCAGCAAGUAUCUGCUGCUGAUCGUGGAUGAAGCCAGCGGAUGCAUGAAGGGUUUUUGUCUGCAUUCCAAGUCAGAGAGCGAAGAGUGCAUCAAGAAGUACAUCACGAUGAUACAGACGCAGUUCAACAAGAAGGUCAAAUUUGUGCGACACGAUGGAGCCCGCGAGUUUGCGACGAACUCGCUUCAAGAUUUCUACGAAGUCGAAGGCAUCGAGCAACAAACCACGGUGCCAUACGCACAUCAAGCCAAUGGAACUGCUGAACGCGCGAUUCGAACUAUCGUCACCAUCGGUCGUAGCAUGCUCCAUCAUGCCAAGUUGGACAAGUGCUUCUGGGCUGAAGCGGCAAUGACGGCCGUCUAUGUGAAGAACCGUUUUGUUGCAAUGUAG